CAGCUUGUGUUAGUGAUGGAGGAGAGAAGAUGGCGGAAGCGGAAUUUAAGGACCACAGCACAGCUAUGGAUAGUGAACCAAACUCUGGAACAUCUUCGGUGUCAACAACAACCAGUAGCACCACCACCACCACCAUCACCACUUCCUCUUCUCGAAUGCAGCAACCGCAGAUUUCUGUCUAUAGUGGCUCAGACCGACAUGCUGUGCAGGUAAUUCAACAGGCUUUGCAUCGCCCUCCCAGCUCAGCUGCUCAGUAUCUUCAGCAAAUGUAUGCCGCCCAGCAGCAGCACUUAAUGUUACACACAGCAGCUCUCCAGCAACAGCACUUAAGCAGCUCCCAGCUUCAGAGUCUUGCUGCUGUUCAGGCAAGUUUGUCCAGUGGAAGACCACCUACAUCUCCCACAGGAAGUGUUACGCAACAGUCAAGUAUGUCCCAGACAUCAAUCAACCUCUCUACUUCUCCUACACCUGCACAGUUAAUAAGCCGUUCCCAGGCUUCCAGUUCUACCAGUGGCAGUAUUACCCAACAGACUAUGUUACUAGGGAGUACCUCCCCUACCCUAACGGCAAGCCAAGCUCAAAUGUAUCUCCGAGCUCAAAUGCUGAUUUUCACACCCGCUACCACUGUGGCUGCUGUACAGUCUGACAUUCCUGUUGUCUCGUCGUCAUCGUCAUCUUCCUGUCAGUCUGCAGCUACUCAGGUUCAGAAUUUAACGUUACGCAGCCAGAAGUUGGGUGUAUUAUCUAGCUCACAGAAUGGUCCGCCAAAAAGCACUAAUCAAACUCAAUCAUUGACAAUUUGUCAUAACAAAACAACAGUGACCAGUUCUAAAAUCAGCCAACGAGAUCCUUCUCCAGAAAGUAAUAAGAAAGGAGAAAGUCCAAGUCUGGAAUCACGAAGCACAGCUGUCACUCGAACAUCAAGUAUUCACCAGUUAAUAGCACCAGCUUCAUAUCCUCCAAUUCAGCCUCAUCCUCUAAUAAAACAUCAGCAGAUUCCUCUUCAUUCACCACCUCCCAAAGUUUCCCAUCAUCAGCUGAUAUUACAACAGCAGCAACAGCAAAUUCAGCCAAUCACACUUCAAAAUCCCACUCAAGACCCACCCCCAUCCCAGCACUGUAUACCGCUCCAAAACCAUGGCCUGCCUCCAGCUCCCAGUAGUGCCCAGUCACAGCAUUGUUCACCAAUUCAGAGUCAUCCCCCUCCUUUAACAAUGUCUCCUAGCCAGUCACAGUCAGCACAGCAGUCUGUAGUGGUGUCUCCUCCACCACCUCAUUCACCAAGUCAGUCUCCUACUAUAAUUAUUCAUCCGCAAGCACUUAUUCAGCCACACCCUCUUGUGUCAUCAGCUCUCCAGCCAGGGUCAAACUUGCAGCAGUCCACUGCUAAUCAAGUGCAGCCUACAGCACAGCUGAAUCUUCCAUCCCAUCUUCCACUUCCAGCUUCCCCUGUUGUACACAUUGGCCCAGUUCAGCAGUCCACCUUGGUGUCCCCAGGUCAGCAGAUUGUGUCUCCAGCAUCACACCAGCAAUAUUCAGCCCUGCAGUCCUCUCCAAUCCCAAUUGCAACCCCUCCGCAGAUGUCAACAUCUCCUCCAGCUCAGAUUCCACCACUGCCCUUGCAGUCUAUGCAGUCUUUACAAGUGCAGCCUGAAAUUCUAUCCCAGGGCCAGGUUUUGGUGCAGAAUGCUUUGGUGUCAGAAGAGGAGCUUCCAGCUGCAGAAGCUUUGGUCCAGUUGCCAUUUCAGACUCUUCCUCCUCCACAGACUGUUGCGGUAAACCUACAAGUACAACCAUCAGCAUCUGUUGAUCCACCAGUGGGAAUGCAUUUGAACCAGUGUCAUCUGCACAAAGUUUUUUCUCUUAAGGUUUAUCAAGUAGAAGAUGUAUGUGAAGAAGAAAUGCCAGAAGAGUCAGAUGAAUGUGUCCGGAUGGACAGAACUCCACCGCCACCCACAUUGUCUCCAGCAGCUAUAACUGUGGGGAGAGAGGAUUUAACUUCUGAGCAUCCUUUGUUAGAGCAAGUAGAAUUACCCGCUGUGGCAUCAGUCAGUGCUUCAGUAAUUAAAUCUCCAUCAGAUCCUUCGCAUGUUUCUGUUCCUCCACCUCCACUAUUACUUCCAGCUGCUACCACCAGGAGUAAUAGUACAUCUAUGCCCAGUAGCAUACCCAAUGUAGAAAACAAACCUCCACAGGCUAUUGUUAAACCACAGAUCUUGACCCAUGUUAUUGAAGGCUUUGUGAUCCAGGAGGGAUUGGAGCCAUUUCCUGUGAGUCGUUCAUCUUUGCUGAUUGAACAUCCUGUGAAAAAAAGGCCUAUUUUGGAUAAUCAGAUGAUAAAUUCUGUGUGUGUUCAGCCAGAGUUACAGAAUAAUGCAAAGCAUGCAGAUAAUUCAUCUGACACAGAGAUGGAAGAUAUGAUUGCUGAAGAGACCUUAGAAGAAAUGGACAGUGAGUUGCUCAAGUGUGAAUUCUGUGGAAAGAUGGGAUAUGCUAAUGAAUUUCUGCGGUCUAAACGAUUCUGCACUAUGUCAUGUGCCAAAAGGUACAAUGUUAGCUGUUCUAAAAAAUUUACACUUAGUCGUUGGAAUCGUAAACCUGAUAAUCAAAGUCUUGGGCAUCGUGGCCGUCGUCCAAGUGGCCCUGAUGGGGCAGCAAGAGAACAUAUCCUUAGGCAGCUUCCACUUACUUAUCCAUCUGCAGAAGAAGACUUGGCUUCUCAUGAAGAUUCUGUGCCAUCUGCUAUGACAACACGCCUGCGCAGGCAGAGUGAGCGGGAAAGAGAACGUGAGCUUCGGGAUGUGAGAAUGAGGAAAAUGCCUGAAAACAGUGACUUGCUGCCAGUUGCACAGACAGAGCCUUCUAUAUGGACGGUUGAUGACGUCUGGGCUUUCAUCCAUUCUUUGCCUGGCUGCCAGGAUAUCGCAGAUGAGUUCAGAGCACAGGAGAUUGACGGACAGGCUCUUCUCUUGCUAAAAGAAGACCACCUUAUGAGUGCAAUGAAUAUCAAGCUAGGCCCGGCCCUAAAGAUCUGUGCACGUAUCAACUCUCUGAAGGAAUCUUAACAGGAUCACGAGGUUUUGUGGUAACAGGAUUUUUAUUCUUCAUAAACAAAUAUGUAAGGUAAAGGCUCAAGUUGGCCUAGAAUAUUGUCACUUAUCAUGGUGGACAGCCAAGCACAUGGGGAUCUCCACAUCAAAACCUGACAUUUCUUCUACAGAUAUAAUAAUGCAUCAUACAUUUUCAUAGUUAGCCAACAUUGGUAAAAUUCAUUUUACAGGUUACACACAAUAUUGAAAGACUUGUUAUAGAGGGCCAUGAUAUUUUUCAAAGUGUUUUACUAAAUAAUUUUUUUAAAGGCAAUGUUUAUCAUUAAUAUAAAAAAAAUCCUUAAAAGUAAUUUAAUGAUUUACAUUUCUCCUUUUUUGAUUCGGUUUUCUUAUACAUUUUUGUACCAUAUAAGUUUUCUAUAGGUUGUCAUGAGAGAUAUAAUUUAGGAGUAAUUUAGGAAUAAUUUAGGAGUCCAGUGACUGGAAUUAUAUGCAAUGAGCUAUCAGUGUGUGUUUAAAAAACAUGUCUAUUAGACAAUUGUUUUGUCUAUAAAAAGGAUUGCAUUCUAGCAUGAAUAAUACUGAUGUGGAAGUUAGAAGAGUUGGUUUCUGUUCCAUACUUGACCAAGAAUUUGGUAUGACUGAGGAAGUUAGUUUUCCUCUUAGUUUUUGUUCAUUUAGAGCAGUGGUUCUUAACAGAGGUCAGUUUUGCUCCCCAGGGGACAUUUGACAAUGUCCGGGGACAUUUUGGUUGUUGUAGGUUGGGGUGGGGGAAGGUUACUUCUGAUAUUUGGAACAUAGCAUACAGGGAUGUUGCAAUUAUCCUACAAUGCACAGGAUAGUCCUCUGUAACAAAGAGUUAUCUGGUCCAAAAUGUCAGUAGUGCCAAGGUUGAGAAAUCCUGAUGUAGGAGUGAUAAAUAUUGCUCUUUUUCACCCAAAGGUAUAUUUUGGAAAAAAAAGAGAUGUAAUAAGGAAUACAUUCAUUAUACAAUGGAAGUAUUUCAAAUAGCAUUAACAUUCUGCUGAAGUAUUUUUCCUGGUUUUAUGCCUUCUAGAAAAAGGGGGAAAAUUCAUUAAAUUGGCCUAUAAAAUAAGGACUAGCAUACUAGUAGUUUGAUUCUCAGUAUUCAUAAUAAUUAUUUUUCAUAUCUUUCUGCACUGAUGAAGACAUAUGAUUAUGAACCAGUGCACAGCCUUUGCUGGCUGGACAAUAGUUUGCAAUGGCUAUGUGGUUGGUCUUUAGAUUUUUCUAGUGUGGAACAUGCUGGGUCUAGCUAGAAUGCACAUUCUUUUCUCUUAACUGAGUCCUUGUAUGCUUCCUGCAAGGCACUUGUCCAACUGAUCUCUUUUGGAAAAUCAGAUCUAAUUUUGUAGGUACAUGUUUUAGGGAAAAAAAAAUUUAAAGCAAAACCUUUCAUUGAACAGUUAAUGUUCUGUUAGAAUUAUGGCACCAAAACAAAAUUGCUGUGGGAGCCCUGUAAAGUUUAAAGUCCUGGACAUCAAAAAUAUUUUAAUCUUUUUUAAAUAUUAUUCCAUUGUAUUUACCACACAAUGGAAAUGUUUUAAUAACUGAAAGAACAUACACAGUUAUUUGGCAGAAGUUCAGUAAGUGGGGAAGAGUCCAUGGGUUUCAGUCAUUGGCACUGCUCUUUUCAAAAAGAUUGUGUUACGCUAGUAGAAGACUAAAGAUGUCAUUAAAGACAUCACAGAUAUUUAUCUUUUGGCUUUGUGUACAUUAGAGAAUGUUGAUUAUUUUUAUACAGAAAUACAGCGGGUAAUUUUUUUAACCUUUAGAUGCCUCUCAUUUGAAUGUAUGCUUUGUGGAAUUCUUUUGUGUAGUAAUGUUUAAAAAAAAGAUGUUUAUUGAUAGUUAUGUGUAGGAUUAGAAUACGUAAUAUAUAGUGUAAGGCUCAUAUUCCAGACCUACAAUAGCUUGUAGUCUAUGUCACAUAUUUCUUUAUAUCACAUUUUAAAUUAUUGGAUUAAAGUUUCGAGGAAAGGUUAGGUACUCUAUAGUCAAUCUUCAUUUAUUAGUAGUUAAUCAUUAUGACAGAGUUGUCAUAUGUUUGACUUUCCCCCUCAUCUUGCAAUUUCAGAAUGCAGGUAUAGGCUAAGCAUAAGAAGGAGUUGGUCCACUGUAUGGGGACUGAGGGACACAAAGGAAAAUCUCCCCUGGAAUUAAGACUUUGUCACAGAUAAUCCACAAAUAAUUUAUGCAGAAUUGGUUCUUUGGGGAUACACUGCCUAGCAAUAAUGAUUACCUCCCAUAACAAUAUUAUCUGUAGCCUUUAAGGUAUUAACUUGGAACUGCUAGAGGUUCUCUUCCUGUUUACUACCCUCUUCUUCGGUUGUUGUGUAUUUACUGAAAGCCUCUGUGCCUAGCACUGUGUUAAGUAUCCAAGAAAGCAUAGAAGAGGGGUUUCCAUUCGAGAGCACCUUAUAACCCUAAAUCUUAUUUAUAUCUUAAGAAUAGUCCAGAUCUUUUCUCUCCACUCAAAACAUACCCAGAAGAUACAUUUGCUUUUUUCAAGAGUUAUUUUAUUUAGUAAUGGCUCAUUUACUUUUAAUGAGUGGUUUUCUUUUUGAUGCAGCUUUUCUUUCUGGAUGAUUGAACCAUCUGAAUUUCAGAAUUUCAGUUAUAUAUAUUGGAUAUAAAUGAUGACACUGGGUGUCCACCUCUCUCCUGAGCUUUAAGCACAGUUUUAGUAUGAAAUAGAUGGGGAGGUUGCUGUUAUUUUCAUUUUCCUUCAUAUUGUUUUAGGAUUUGAUUGAGGAGAGGGACGGACAAACAGAAAGGGGACAUGGGAAGUUCUUUCUACCUUUGCUACCUAAGUUUGCAUUUUCUGAUUUCUUUACAACAAUGCAGUCUUUUCCCAUUGAGGAAGAAAAUCUCUGCAAGUUUGAAAUUUUAUUUGCUCUAAGCCAUGUGUUCCUAAGGAAGUAAAUAAAACAGGAUUGGUUUGUAAAAGUUUUUCCUUACAUGACAUGCAUUUUCAUCAAGCCUUCAGGCAUGUGUCUCAUGCAGCUUUGAUGUAAUAAGUGAAAGUGCUGUCCCAAAACCUGUCACUUAUUAAAGUUUCUGGUAAUUUUUC